CUCUGGCAAUUGUUACAAACAGCUGAGGAUCACCUGUCUUGCCACAUUGAAAAAUGUUUGAAGCUCGUAUUGUUUGUAUGAUAUUGUCAUAAAGCAAAGCGCAAAAACUGAAAAGAAAAAAAUAUUUUAUAACCAUCUGUUAAUUAAUAAUAUUCUUUAAAUUCUUUAGUAAUAUCAAAUUUUUUCAUCAUAAAACUUGUACAUAUAUGUGAUUAGUUAAUAAUAGAAUGUUGGCAAUCAUUGUUUGCAACACAAAACAAAUUUGUACAAAUUUUUAGAUUGUACAAAAAUUAUUCAAAUUGUUUGUCGAAAAAUAUCGGCCAAGUUUUGUUUGCUCCAACAAAUUUUUUAUUAUGGACAAUUCAAAAACAGCACAACAAGAAUUCUGGAUUGAAUUCAUAAAGUUGUACCGAUCGCGACCAGUGCUUUGGAAAUAUGGCAGUGAAGUGUAUAAAGACCGGAUAGGAAAGAAGCAUGCUUAUAGGGAUUUGGUGGAGAAAAUGCGCGAGAUUGAACCAAAUCCUGAUGUUGAUAUGGUAAAGAAGAAAAUCAACAGUUUGCGCGCAUGCUAUAGGCGCCUAUGCUUUAAUGCCCAGGAACAAAUUAAACUUGGUGAACAGCCGGAAAUUAAAUGGGUGUAUUUCAAACAUUUCAAGUUUUUACGCGAAAUCUAUGAUCCGUUAACAGAAGAUCAGGACUCAGAACAAAACAAUGACGAGGAGAACGAAGAUGAAGUUGUGGAAUAUAUUCCGCAUAAAAGCAGCACAAGUCGCAGAUAUCAUAGGAAUUCUACCAGUUCCUCAAGAUCGCUAAACAAUUCACUGGAUGAAACGUUUAAUCAAUCAAAACAUAUCAAUAAUACAUGUUUUAAUAUCACCCUAAAUACUAAGGAAAACCAAACGUUUUGGAUAGAAUUUAUUAAACUAUAUAGAUCGAAACCCGAACUAUGGAAAGUUAAUAGUGAUGUGUAUAAAAAUCGUAAAGCAAAGAAGCAGGCUUACAAAGAACUUGUUGCAAAACUGCGUGAAGUGCAUCCUAAUCCUACAGCUGAUAUGGUGAGAGCAAAAAUCAAUAUUCUGCGGACGUCUUAUAGAAAGGAAUUGCACAAAAUGAAACGAGCCAUAAGACUGGGCAGAAAGCCUGUGAAUAAUUGGUUAUAUUUUGAUCAUUUUUCCUUUCUACAUGAGUCUAAAGAUCCCUUAGAGGAGGAUAAUACUACGAACGAUGCUGAUGAAGAUAAUGAUGAUUAUGGCCCGCUUUAUAACACAGCUGAUCAUAUAGAAAACACUGAUUUCGCUGCUAUCGAUGAAGAAAUAGAUGCAGUUGUGGGUUUUAAUCCAUCUAAGAACUCCACAAAUACAGAAAAUAAUUCGCAACCAUCCAGCCCGGAAAUAACGUUGCAUGAAAAAAUAACUGUAUCGCAUCAGAUAAAUCACCAAAGUAACGGGCCUGACGACGUAAGUCUAAAUGCAACAAAAAAACAAAAAUUCUGGAUAGAAUUCAUUAAGCUAUACAGAUCAAAGCCCGAACUAUGGAAAUGUGACAGCGAUCUUUAUAAUGAUGCUAGAGCUAAGCGGUCUGCUUAUUUAGAGAUGGUAAAGAAAAUGCGUGAGAUUUAUCCAAAUGCUAAUGUUGGUAUGGUUAAAAGAAAAAUCAACACUCUCCGCUCUAUCUAUAGAAAAUUAUUAUAUAAAACGCGGAAAGGAGAACGUUUAGUUGGGAAACCGGCGUACCAAUUGAUUUACUUUAAUUAUCUUUCGUUCUUAAAUGAACAAAAUGAUCCACUAGACGAGGAUGAGGAUGAUUGGAAUGAUUGUGAAAUUAACGAAUAUAGUUCAAUGCACGAUAAUACGUCUGAUAAUAAUUUACAAGAUGAUGAUUUUGAUGUUGACGAGCAUGAUCUAGUUGUGCAGUUUCUGACAACUAAAGAGAGUACAAAACGGCAGUAUUCGCUUUCACCUUCACCGAACCACAACGAAAGAGCGCAUAAUGAAGCGGCAGGCAUGCCAUUUAAGAAAUUUAAACAAUAUAAUGAUGAAGCUGAUAUUUUAGGCAUAAGUUGGGCAUAUCAAUACCGUAGUUUAAGUCAAACGCAAAAAAUUUUUGCCAAAAAGGCAAUUGAUGAUAUCUUGUUUGAAGCGCGCCUAGACACAUUACAACGCAAUUCGGUUAAGAUCAAUGAGCGCGGUUGUGACUGCUGUAAACACACGUAAUAAGUAUGUUACAGUUCCGUUUGUUUUUUGUGUAGGAGUUCAAAUAUUUUCUUUUUGUUUUUAAGUUUUCUACAUUGCAAUAAUACUCUUAAUCAAUAAUGAAUUUACAUUUACUUAAUUCUUAAAGAUGAAGAAAAUAAGUUGUUAUUUUUCGCGUUUUUGUUAUGAAAUUGAACGAAUUAUUAAUCGCAAACAUAAGAAAAGUUAAGCCAGGCGUAGUUUAAUUUAUAAUUUGCGAUAUUUGUAAAGUAUAAUAAUGGAAGUUCGCUCGAGUUUAUUUCUUUUAUAUAAAGUCUUUUUGCAAUUAAAGUUUUUUAUUUUUAUUUAUCAAUGAAUAACAAAAGUAAGACAGUUACAAAUUUCACUUAAUUCGCCGCAUUUUUCAUGUGCUGUACAUUCAUUUUAAGCUAGUAUAAAAGUGUGAACAUUUCAACUUAUUGCAUUUAUCAAUUUGUAUUUUUUGUUUGCACUAGUAACGGUGAUUUGAAGCUGAAUUAUAUAUGUAUAUAUUUUUUUUUACUUAUUUUGAAAAGCGGUUUCGACUCAUAAUUUUUAGUUUGUAAUUAAUUGUUGUAGAGUUAAGCAUUAAAAUAAUAUGAAUUAGAAUAAAGGCACAAUAACAUAUAAAAACAGUGAUUUGAAAAAGAAGAAAUUAUAAAGCUGUACUUAUAUGACAAAAUGUAUAGCUAAUAAGUGCGCCGUAACGAUUGUAAAUUACACAUACAUAUGCACGUUAUAAAAAAUUAUUUUCGUGACAUUGCGGUUUAAAUCGUAUAUAAUUGCCUAACACAAAAUAUAAACAACUUGUACACUGUUUCGUCCUGCUUACUAUGGUUGUUCGUUAAAUCAUCUUGCAUACGUAUAAAUUUAUAUAUAAAAAAAAACCGCAUUAACAGAUCAAAUUAAUUCAAAUGAUUCUCAUUAACGCGUGCAACAAGCUCAUCCUCAUCCUCGUCCACAACAUCAUCGUCUGGUUCAAUUUGUUCGUCUAAUGUUUCUAGUUUUUGGCUUUUCAAGCGCAAUUCAAAAACUUCGCUGAUAGCUUUGCGGAAGCAUAAAAAGUUAUAGUCGAUAACACCUUGCCGAUUGAAAUUCUCCUCCCGUAAUAUGCAUACAAGCGCAAGAAAUUUGUUUACUUCUCGUAAAUACAAAAUCGUAUUGUUGUUCAGCUUAAUGAGACUAGAGCUUUCAUGGUCGAAGGCCAUUUCCUCCGAGCUGCAAAAUAAAUGUCGGGAAUAUAAUACAAUAAUUCAACACAAUGCAUUUUUGUUCUUACCUGUAAAUGCUCGAGAGAUCGAUGACCACAUCGAUCAUGUCACAACAAAGUUCAUAGCUUUGCAUAUCUACAGGCGAACAAUCGGUGGCGAUGUAGAUCUUUGAAACAACAUCAAAAAGGAACGCUUUCUCGAUACCCGAAUGCUUCAGUAAAGUAAAUUAGCACAAUUAAAUUUAGUAAGUUAAUAAAAAUAUAGUCUAAUUACCGAUAUAAAAAUAUUAAGCAGAUUCUCCAAUGUUGGCAAUUGCGGUAUUAAUUUUUGCACUACUUUGGAGAAAGCUUCGAAUAUCGAAUGAUCAUAUAUGGAAGUUAAAUGAAAACUCAAAUGUAUCUGGUUAAGACCGGCAUCGCUAAGAUCGUCAGAGGCGCGUUGAUGUAUAUCCCGUUGUGAUUCCAUUUUUGAGUCGUCACUAAUACCGUCAACCUAUCGCACAAACACAAAAGCAAAUAUUAUAAUUAAAAGUUCUAGGGCUACAAUACAACAAUAAACUUUGGUAUGUAAAUAA